UGUUCCGUGUGGCCCUGCUGAGUGAGCUGUGGGUAUGUUAUGUCCUCUCUCAAGGUAGUCUCACAUUAUAGAGUUCACAGUCUGUCACAGCACAUCUCUCCAUCUUGUCAAAGGAACUGAGUGAUGCAGUACGGGAGCUGACUUUGAAAGACGCCACCAACAAUGGAAGCUGUCUGAAAAGGCAGAGGUCAGAGACACCAGGAAGAGACCCAGUCAGCAAGCUAAGCUCACAGUGGUGGCGAGCUACCACCACUUAACUACACAGCACAGAUGGGGGAUAAUACCUGGGGCUCAAUGUCAGGGAGAGUGGCUGCCACUGCUGCUGCUUAACACACAGGUCUCACAGCAUCAACUGAACAGGAGAGCCACGGCAAACAUGGCUGCAGCGACACACUUUCCUCCUCCUCUUCCAGACAGACCCUGUGUGGCUUUGUAUAAAGUUGGGGGAGCACUUCAGACUUGGGCUCCCCAAAUGGAGAGACUAAGGCUGGUGCAAAUGCCAGAACAUUUGUGUGUCAGGCUGGUCGCCAUGUUGCUCUUGGUGUUAUUGAUUUUUCUUCCAAGUGCAUUCUGUGACACAGGAUCUGUGUACUACUCUUCCUAUGAGACAGUCAUCCCCAAGAGACUGCCAGCCGAGGGGAGUGAAGACCCUGGAGGAAGGGUGUCCUACAUGCUGCUGAUGCAGGGCCAGCAGCAGCUGCUUCACCUAAAGGUACAGGGAGACCACUCUGUGAGUAACUUCCCAGUCUACAGUUACCACAAUGGCAUCCUGGGGCAAGAGAUGCCUCUCCUCUCACAGCACUGCCACUAUGAAGGCUACAUGGAAGGGGUGCCAGGCUCUUUUGUUUCUGUCAACAUCUGUUCAGGCCUCAGGGGUGUCCUGAUUAAGGAGGAAACAUCCUACAGCAUCGAGCCUAUGCUCUCUUCCAAAGGGUUUGAACACAUUCUGUACACCGUGGCACAUCAGCCUCGAGCCUCCUGCAGCGUCACUCCCAAAGGCAGCUCAGGGGACACCAGCCAGCAACAAAGGAACGGGAAGCCCUAUGACCUGUGGGAGCUGUCUGACCUGAGGUCACACACCAAGUAUGUGGAGAUGUUUGUCGUGGUCAACCACCAGCGCUUUCAGAUGUGGGGCAGCAGUGUCAACGAGACGGUCCGGGCAGUAGUGGACAUCAUCGCUCUGGCCAACAGCUUCACUAGGGGACUAAACACAGAGGUGGUGCUGGUGGGCAUGGAGAUCUGGACGGAGGGGGACCUGAUCAAGGCCCCGGUGGACCUGCAGGCUACCCUGAGGGAUUUCAACCACUGGAGACAGGAGAAGCUCGUGGACCGGCUCAGGCACGAUGUUGCACACUUGAUCGUCGGGCAUCACCCAGGAGAGAACGAGGGCCAGGCGUUUCUCAAUGGUGCCUGUUCAGGUGGGUUUGCAGCAGCUGUGGAGGCCUUCCAUCAUGAAGAUGUCCUGCUGUUUGCGGCGCUUAUGGCCCAUGAGCUGGGGCACAACCUGGGUAUCCAGCACGACCACCCGGCCUGCAUCUGUGAGCAUAAGCACCUCUGCCUCAUGCACGAGAAUAUCACCAAGCACAGUGGCUUCAGCAACUGCAGCUCUGAUGACUUCUACCGUUUCCUCCAUGACCACAGAGGGGCCUGCCUGCUUGACAGGCCUUGGCACCAAAGUCGUAAGGGCAGAGCUACCCGUUGUGGAAACGGUGUGGUGGAGGAUUCGGAGGAGUGUGACUGUGGCAAUGACUGUGCCGAUAACCAGUGUUGUGAUGACAAAUGUAAACUUAAGGAGGGUGCAGAGUGUAGUAAUGAGCUGUGCUGUUCUCAAUGUAAAUUUCAAAAGAUGGGACACGUUUGUCGUCCCAUUGAUGGAACUUGUGACCUGGAAGAAUACUGUAAUGGGACCUCUGCAAUAUGUCCCGAAGACAGGAGAAUGCAAGAUGGUUCUACAUGUCAUGGAUCUUACUCUUGUUUAGAGGGUCGGUGUCUGGACCCUAGCUCUCAAUGCUCACAUAUUUUUGGAUACUCUGCACAAUCUGCCUCAGAUUCAUGCUACAAUUCUUUCAACAGCAAAGGGAACAUGUUUGGAAACUGUGGCCUUUCUUCUAACUCUCCAGAAACACAUGUCAAGUGUUCACAUCAAAAUGCACUAUGUGGGAAACUUAUAUGUACAGAAUUAGGCUUCUUACCACCAAUUAAACCCAAACACAUACUGAUACAGGUCCCUCACUCACAGGAAUGGUGCUGGAGUAUAGCCACUUCUCAAGACGGAACAGAUUUACCUUAUAAAGGAUAUGUGAGGAACAACACUCCCUGUGGUGAAAAUAAAGCUUGUACAAAUUUUGUUUGUGAAGAUGUGCCACCUGUAUUCAACCCUGAACCUUCAUGCAGUCAGAAAUAUUGUAAUGAACAUGGAGUUUGCAAUGACUUAGGGAACUGCCACUGUCAUUUUGGCUUUGCACCCCCUGACUGCAAGCAUAAAGGAAACGGAGGCAGUGUAGACAGUGGUCCUGCCGGAGAAUCACAGGAAAAUCCUACAGAAGAGAGUGAAUAUGGUGACGAGCAAAAUAAAGAUGACUUGGCACUUAACUUAAAACUGAUAGUUCUUGCUGCCAUUUUGAUACUCACAAUACUCUUUAUAAUCGUAUGCAUCGUGAUUACCUACAGUAAAUCAGAGACUCCUUCUGAAAUAGAGUCUCCAGAGUUAGAGGCUGAGGAAGAAGCCCCAUCAGAAGAGGCUGAGGAAGAAGCCCCACCAGAAGAGGCUGAGGAGGAAGAGGAAGAAAAGGAGGAAGAAGCAGAAGGGGAAGAGGAGGAAGAGGGAGAGGAAGAUGAAUAAGUAGGGGAAACAUAAAGCCAAUAGCUUUCUCUUGCAGCCCCGAGAGAGAGGCUCAGUAAAGCAAAGGCUGUGUGAACUGACAGUUGUGAUGCUCUUACUGGGACUUGAGGGCCUAAAGACACACUUGUGAGGGAGGGAGGAGACUCUAUCCUUAGCAUUUACUUGACGGUGUUUACAAUACUUUACUUUUCACAUUUCAUUUGAACUUGUCACAUGUAUCUUUGGACAUUCGUGUUCUUGUAUCUUUGGGCUAAUUUGUUUGGUCACCAGAAACUGUAUUUUAGGACCUGCUUUCUUUCAAAUAGAUUGUCUGGUGCUCCUGAAUUUAUCACUAUCCCCAGGAUUUUUGUUCCAAGUAACAACUACCUAUUAUGUAAGGGCAAUUUCCAUGAGCUUCGGUGUUCUAACUUGCCCAAAAAUAUAUAUUAAAGGGAUGAGUCUUUAAAUAAAACUACUAAUGUUAGACAUG